AGACAAUACAAAUGAUGUUCGUAAAAACUCGAGGAACAUCAUCAAUUAAUGCAAGAUAGAUCAGAUGUUGGAUCCAGCAAACGACAUGAUGCCUCCACCCUCAUCUCCCUCCAUCUCCUCCGUUUCUUCCUCCGAUCUUGACACUGAGUCUACAGGGUCUUUUUUUCAUGAUAGAAGCACAACUCUGGGGACUCUGAUGGGCGUCAGCUUCCCUUCCAUUGCCUUCAGAGCUUCAUCUCAGCACAGGGAACCCCACGCGUCCGUGUCGGUGUCCGUUUCCACCGUGUCCCGGAAGACCAAGAAGGCCCGGAAGAACAAGAACAAUGCACAGCCGCCUUUUGCGAUGGUGGAGCGUCGGCGGAAAUGGUGGCAGAUUUGCAGGGACAACGAGGCGGUGCCGGCCUCGCUCGGAGAGUUUCUCGAGGUGGAACGGAGGUUCGGUGAUGGCGCGUUCUUCGGUGCCGCGGAGGAACUCGAAGGCGUGGUGGUGGUGCAGCAGCAUCAGAUCAGGAACGGACACAUGUUGUUUGCCGACGGGAGGGUACUUCCACCGGCCGCGGCGGACGUUGAUGAUGGAUCAUCGACGGCUGGGGCCCUUUGUAGAUUCCCGGUUUCACUCACCGGAAUCUGUGGUGGCGGUGUAGUAUAAAACUUCCAUUUUUUCUAUUUUCUGGAGGGAUUCUUAAUUCAUAAUUGGAAUUAUUAACGAUUAUAUUCAACAUUUUUUUU